GAGUGUAAGCUGGGCUGAGAUGGGCCACCGCUGCUGCGGCAAACAGAAGGUGAAGAGAGGUCUAUGGUCGCCUGAAGAAGAUGAGAAGCUUAGCAAACACAUUACCACCCAUGGUCAUGACAGCUGGAGUUCUGUCCCAAAACAUGCAGGCUUGCAGAGGUGUGGCAAGAGUUGCAGGUUGAGAUGGAUAAACUAUUUGAGACCCGAACUCAAGAGGGGAUCCUUUACUCCUGAAGAAGAACAGACUAUCAUUGAUGUUCACAGAAUUUUGGGCAACAAGUGA